AUGUCGGAAAGUGGUUGGAACACCAUUGAUUCAGAUGCAGGAUUAUUCACUGAGUUGGUUGAGAAAUUAGGUGUUGAGAAUAUUGAAAUAAAUGAUUUGUACUCAAUAGAUUCAGAUACUUUACAAGCAUUGAAACCAGUAUAUGGGAUUAUUUUUUUAUUUAAAUAUGGAAAAUUGGAUAGGGAAUAUGCCAAAAUGAACAAGCCUAUAACGGGCGAGUACGAUUCUGGUAAUGAGAUAUUCUUUGCAAAUCAGACUAUCCAAGAUGCUUGUGCUACACAAGCUGUGCUUAACAUUCUAUUCAACCAAAAUGAGAUUGAGCUAGGCAAGGAGCUAAAUGACUUCAAAAGCUUUGUAACUGGAUUUGAUUCAGAAAUGAUUGGCGAGACAAUUUCCAAUAGCGAGCUAAUUCGAUCGAUCCAUAAUUCAUUUCUGACUCCAAAUCUACUUGCUAUAGAUAAUAAACCACCGCCUAAGAAUCAAGAUGACAAAAAUGACGGAUUAUUUCAUUUUGUAGGGUACAUUUACAAAAACAAUUGCAUUUAUGAAUUGGACGGGUUGAAACAGUAUCCUAUAAGGCAUUGUUCAUGUAGUGAUCAAGAUGAAUUUAUAGCCAAGAUUCCUCAAGUAAUUCAGCAAAGAAUAUCUAAAUACGAUUCAAGCGAAUUGAGAUUCUCACUAUUGGCUAUAACAGAUAACAAAUUGGAAAAGGCAAGGUUGGAUAAUAACGAAAUAGAGGUGUCUCAGCAGCUAAACAAACGUGAAUUAUGGCGUCGAGAAAACGAGUUGAGAAGAACCGAUUAUACUGGGUUGAUUGUUGAAUUAUUAAAGAAUAUCAGUAAAGAAAAGACAGAUAGUGAAUGGGAAGAGAUGUUACAAAGAGGAAGAAGCAAAACACAACAAACAAUUGCGGAGUCUCUUUAUAAACAAUGA